AUGGGACGAGAGCCUAAGUUUUCUUCGGAGGAUAAAAAAAGAAUGCAGUUAAAGAGACUUUGGCAAGAAAACAUUAUAAAGUUCGAAAGUAUAAAACGACAGCUUCAUGAAAAACAGCGAGAUUUAUUGAAAUUAUACGCUACAUUGCGUUCAAGUCACAAGGAAUUGUUAGGAAUGGGCCAAACAAUGUGCUUGCCGCCGUCGGAGGAUUUAUCAAUCAUGAAUGUUGGCAAACUGGCGCCAGACCAGUUGCUGCAGCUGUGCGCUGGGGCAGAAACAAACGUUUCAGAAACACAGAUGCCUAAUAAGCGUUUAGAUCUGCAAUUGUUACGUGAAAUACCAAACAAAAUUGUUGCUUCGUGCGAAGAAACAUUGAAUAGUAGAAAGGAUAUUAUUGAUUGGUUUGAGGACAUCAUGGCUAAAAAAAUGAUUACGAAAAAUGUUCUCGUUAAAAAAAUAAAUGAAUUUAAAACUGAGAAUGAAGAAUUUAAAAGGUCACUGGAUAAGAAUAAAGAGGAAUUCUUGCGUUUUUUAAACGAUUCAGAGAUUUUUUUAAAACACGACGCGAAUGGCACAUUAGCCAAUGAACUGUGUAUUCAAAGUUUAUCAUUGAAAUUAUCAGAAACUAAUGCAUUAAACGAGGAACUCCGAAAAAAACUUCAAGAGACGGAGAAUAGAACAACAUUUGCUGACUACAAGUCAAAGGAAAGAGAAAAGCAAUUAUUAGGGGACUUGAAACAUAAAAAGAGAGAUUCCAUGUCGCGGGUUGACUUACAGUUAAAAUCCAAAGAAGAAAAAAUAUCACAACUCAACCUAGCCUUGGAGCAAGCUAAUUCUAAAAGCCGGACAUUGGAAGCAACGGUUUGCCAAUUGCGCGCAGAGAACCAAGAAAUGCAGUCAAAUUAUGAUAAUAAACUGAAAAAACUGAAUGAAUCUAUUGAUAUAAAUACGAAAUUGUUUAAUGAAAUUACUGCUGAUCGAAGCAAACUAUUAGUCGAAAAACAAGAUCUAGAAAAUCAACUUAUAGAACUGAGUAAGACUUUUGAAGAAACUUUACACACUACGAAACACGAGUCAAAUGUAUGUAUUGCGAAGUUAAUGGAAACAGAGAAGAAAUACAAAGAAGUAUUAGAUGAGAAAAAUAUACUGGCUGACAGAAUAGAAUCUAUGUGUGCACAACUGCUUGAAUCAGAAUUACGAUUUAAGGACGCCUCGAAGAAAUUAACAGAAAUGGAAACAAAUUCAAGAGACGUUGCCGAAUGCCGCAAGGAAAUAGAAAUGUUGAAUUGUCACCUUGAAAAUACUAAUGAAGAACUACUGGAAUAUAAAAGUACAGUAACCAAGCAAACAGAAGCUAUGCAAGAAUUACAGCAAAAUUGGAACAACGCCGUCAACUCAGGGAAACAGUUGAAAAAUGAUUUGAAUAAUAAGGAAAAGUAUAUUUUGGAGCUGAAAGAACUACGUAACGUGCUCGAACAACGCCUACUCGAAAGCGAAUUGAAAAUACAAACAUAUUCAGAAGAAUUGUCAAAUAUUAAAACUCUACUACGUGAAGUCUACGGAGAAUUUGGAACCAUAAUAGAAUUGCAUGAAAUGAUAAAGCAGCAUACCCUUCAGCUAGUAGAAGCAAAUCUAAAAAAUAAUACUUUGACUGAAGUCUUAAAUGAAAAAGAUAUUGAACUGCAAAAACGUGUUGAAGUCAUAACAGAGCAGGAACAUUUGUUAGAGGAACGGGAAGCGGCUCUGAAGAUGCUAACGGUCAAAAAUGAAGAACAAACCAAUAUUAUUAAAUUACUACGAAAUAAUUUGGAUGAAAGAACGCAAGCGGAUAUAGAGAUCAAUCGACAACUUGACGAGAAGAAUAAUGAAAUUGAAUCCCUCGUGAGUCAUGUUGAAAAGAGAAAGGAACAAGUAUCACAAUUAGAGAAAAUAAUCCUAACUUUAGAAAAUCAAAUAGUCAUGUUAAGUGACCAAGAGAGAACAGCACGUAAGGCUGUAUCAUCACUUGAGAAGAAGCUUAGUGAAUAUGAAUCAUAUUAUAUAACCAAUACAAAGAAAACUGAUUCACCGAUCGAUAACUUAGAUGAUUUAAUCAAUAUUCUAGAGUACGAGCUUACAAACCCUUCAGAUGAUCAAUUUAAUUAUUCAGAACAAGAAGUACAAGCUCGUAGAAAUAAACGAGGAGCGCAUAAUGAUUUUAAAAGUAAUAUUCAGGAUCAUUUUGAUAUGUACCAGUUGCGGGAAAAUGUGCCAACCAAAGGGAUGAGUACUUUUCCAAAAAAUAAAAGAAAUCUAAAAACAGAUAAUCACAAAGGUGAUGGUGUCUGUGGAAACAAUUUUUUUCCUAGCGUGAAGUCAUCAGAAUUUGCUGCCUUGCAAAAAGGAGCUGCAAAUGCAACUAAGGAAAAUAAAAAUCCGCCCGUAGCACAUCACACUAAGAAUGUCAAUUAUUGUUUGAUGCCCAAUUACGUUAAAGACGAAAAAAAAUUAAAGAUGUUUAAACUCGCCGGUCAUAAAUUGCAAUAAAAUUGUACAAGUA